AUGGGUAAUUGUGCAUCAAUCGAUAUUUUCUCCAAAAGCCACGAGUCGAUAGUAUUUGCUUCGGUUUCUGUGGCCAACUGUGUGGUCGCGUUUGCAAGUACGACGGCGCUCAGUCGUCAGUCGUGGUCUGCACUUAAAAGUAUUAGUCUCCUUUGGGCAUUGGUGCUUGGCUUGUCGCUCGUGCGAGGAAUUGCAAUGCUGGUGAUCCUCAGUUCAAGAUCCUCAGCAAUCAUGCAGUUGUGCGGUUCAGCAACAACGACGGACACCGACGCACCUGCAAUCAUUCGAAGUGUGGUCAGCUCAACUUUCAAAGGAUUUACAGCACGUUCUCUAGUGAUUGAUGGUAUACUACAAGCAUACGCCGCCUUACUUGUAGUCAGGAAUCAUCAGCGUAUGACUCAUUACAAAUCCAUUCAAUCGCAAGCAGUAGAUGGCAUGUCUUGA